AUGACUUCUGGGGAAGAUUCCAGCACUCCCAGCUCUCUCACUUCUUCGAUCCCCAAUACACCGCAAACAAACGCAACUAGCACUCCUAACUACCAGCUUCCUCGUAGAAAUGAUAAUACAACUCCACUCAAUCACAACACUCCUCUCACCCCCACUCCUACUAUCACCAAUCAACGUAUCGCCCAACUACGCCAACAAAUUGUUGACGUGCAGAAGGCUUUGAUUAGCACUCAGGCGAAUAUUCUCGCGAAAGCAAAUUCCAUCAAGCAUUCUCUUUAUGUUGCUGCAACCGCCUCUACCACAACACCCACAGCUUCCGGUGCUGCUCCUACGAUAUUUUCUGCUUCCAAUGCCACUACUGUUAAGACUACUCAUCAACAUCAUUUUCACCCGCAAAAUUAUUCAAAUGUCCAGCCUACUGUCAAUCAGCAGCAAUAUUACAACAACAAUCCCAAUCAUUUUGGUAGCUUGUUGUUCAAUAAUAACGCCAAUACUCCCGGUAAUACUAAUCAGAAUCAUCGCUAUAAUCUCCAACAAAAACAACAACCACCAUCGUCUUUUUUCGGAAAUGAUGGCGGUAACGAGUCAGAAAUUAAACGAGGUGAUGAAAGCAAUAGUAAUAGUAAAGCUACUGCUCCCAAUAUCGCCACCGCGUUGAUUUCAAAUGCAUUGGCGAGCAAUAAUAAGUCAUUGGCAAAUAAUAACUUUGUCGAUGGGGAGUUAAUACGACCUCGACCAAUACUACUACCUCUACUCGCAAAUAUUCCGAGAAUCACAAGAAGCUUUAUCAAAGAUUUCCAUUCUAAAGAUUGUUGA